AUGCAUCGCUAUCGGCUGACGACAAAUAUGUCUGUCUACAUCUGCAUCGUGAUCCUCCUUCUGGUUUCGAUCGCGAUCGAUGACGUGGAAGCUAGACGUGGCCGUGCCAGAGGUCGCACGAAAUCUAGGAUGCAAAUUGGUCUUCCAAUAACGGGCAAAUAUCGUGAUCCGGAAUCGGACCAGUACUACAACAAUAACAACGGUGCAAAAAUUACACUCGCAUCACACUUUGAUUAUGAAUACGUUCUGGGACACAAGAUCGCUUUCCUGUGUGUGGCGCGUGGUACACCUCGACCGACGAUCACCUGGUUUAAGGACGGAGUUGAGAUCUUCAGCCAUCUCUAUCUUCAUGUCCACGAAUGGUACAUCGGCAAGGAUAAGGUAAAGUCCAAAAUUGAAAUCGAUCCUGCCACCCAAAUGGAUGCCGGUGUGUACGAGUGUACCGCCGACAAUAUGUACUCGAUCGAUCGAAGGAGUUUUAAGACCGAUUUCUCGAUCGCAUUCGAUUGA